UUGCCACAGGUAACAACAGAAACAGAAAAGAAAGGAAAAAAAUGUUCUAAUGCACAUACAGUUGCUAUAACAUAAUUCCUAGAAUUCCCUUUUGGGCAUUGUUUAUUUUUUCCAUAUGGAGUCUGUAACCCUGGUUGCAAAAGCUAUGUUAAAGAAACAGGAGAGGUGUUACUUUAGGACCCAGUGAAGCCACACAAUGACAGGUGUGGUGAGAAGCAGUUGUGUGCUUUGGAUUACAGGUGGAACAGGCUGGGUAGAGCUAAAGGAAGGAGUGUCUGCGCUAAACAACUCACAACGCGGCUCAGUUGAAGAACACUUCAGUCACGUCCAACCAACAUGCUUCAAUAUUGAUGGGGUAGGAAGCUCAAUAUCUUCAGCAGAAGGAGACAACUGCGAAACAAAAGCUUUAAGAGUGUGCAUCCAAAAUGGCCCAAGCUGAUGCUACAACGCUGGACUACUAUUUCCCAGGGCACAUGAUGGCAGUGCUCGAGGAAGAAAAUGAAACCUGCACAGAAGAUUCGACCCUGCAGUACUUGCUGCUCCUUCUUUCCAAAGUGGCUCUGAACACGCUAGUCUUAUCCUUCUGGUUGGGGAGCAUUCCAAAGACACUCCUUGGUAUUUUCAGCAUCUCCAUAUACCUGGCGGAUCUCUUGCUAAUCUGCUCCAUCUCCUGGGCAUGGUUGUUCCUGGAGAACAAUGACACCCAUGAAGUUGUAUGCUUCAGUCUUUCCCACAGUGCCACAGUUUACUCCUUGCUACCCCUGCCUGUCCUUCUAGCAGGAGCCUUAGACUGUGUUUUCCAGCAACAUGUAGGCUUUGGUAAGAAGUCAUUAGCCAGGACUGUUGUCCAUUGCAUGGCAGUACUGCUGAUGUGGACACUGGCUUGCUUUUACUCUUCCUGCUACACAAAAACAGACCUGCUGACUAUCCAGUAUAAAGAAGGUGUCAAGGCUUUUGGGUGUUCUGUACAAGGAUCUGUAGCAGUCAAUAACUUCAGUUUAAAUCUGUUCUUCAUAGUAGGCUUUGUACUUCUGUUUCACUGCACAAAACUUCCACGCUGGGUUCGCCUGGCUAACAGACUAUCGAAACAUUGGUCCGGCUCACUUUCUAUGAGUGAUCUGGUCUUUUCUAAGAAUCUGGAAAAACUUGAAUCAGGAGCUGUCGACGCAACGCACAAUGAUAACCAGCAGGAUCGGCCUCCUCUCAUUAUCAGCCUUGUUCUGUGCUUUGCUCUGAACUGGAUUCCUUACCUGCUGAUGAGCACGGUCUGUGAUAUCAUGGGAUUCGCAGUGCCAGCUUACGUAAGCGUCAAUCUCCUCUGGACCGCCUGCGCCAACAGCUUACUGGUUGGCGUGGCUUUCUGGUACAGAAGCAAUAAGCAUGGACCUUACUGCACACUGCCAGAUGACAUCUGUCCAUGGUGCUUUUACUGGUAUUUGAGUGAAGAAAAUUGUCAGUUUACAGUCAGUACUGAACUCCAUGAUGGAAAGACUGAGGAUUCUCCAAUUCUCCAGACUCUAAAAUAAUUAAUACCAGUAAAGAUACUGUUUCAAAAGUUUACUUGUCUGAUCCGGUCUGGCACAAAACUUAUGUUACAUCAUACCUUGCACAGUCUGGGCAGAAAAAUUGUUGCUGAAUCUGGCAAAGAAGAAGGUUUUUUUUCAAAAUAGUGGGUUAUUUACUGUAUAUUUUGACACUACCAAUUUAAGUAGAAACUGUGGAAAGACUAAAACCUGGGGUGUAAAUCUGAUUUUCUUUCGAUUAGUAAUUUACUAAUUGAUUGUGAUACAGUGCCUUAAAGCCUAGCCAUAGAUUUUCUAAAUAAAUGAUGCUUAUAAAUGCUAAACUCAUAAAACAACAUACUUCUGACUUUUUAAUGAAAAAUAUAUUUCAAAUAUUAUGAGUAUUUUUUAUGCAUAUUAAAAUGUGUGUUCAGUUUAUUUUUUGUACCAAAAAAAAAAAACCUGCCAUAUUAGUAUCUGUUGCAUUACUGUUUCUUACUGUAUGAGCUACAAAAGCGACUUUAUACAACUUUUAUUAAAUAAUUUCAAUGACUUAA